ACCUCGCUAAGUACACUACAUGGAGCGGACAUGAAGCGAAUCAUGGGAACGUGUGUGAGAUAAUGGGCAGCGUCCAAUCUGUGGUUGUAGACAGUGUCACUAGGUAUCAGUAUCAGCGAGACACUUCGAUCUCGGAUAAGGGAACUUACCCUGUAUGUGUUCAGUACAAUAUUAGGGAGACAGGAAUGUUUUCGUGCAGGGUGAAAAAUGCGACCUGGCAACCCGCCGGGCGGGUGCGUUACCGUGUCUGAGCGAUUUCCCCCCAACGUGUCACGUUGCCAAAAACAGGUGAACGAUGACCUUUUAAGACUUGUCGGAUAAGCUGCUGUUCAUCAUGAAGAAGCGAGCUGCCAAGGCGUCGGAGCCGGACGAUUCUUUGUGUUGCUGUGAGUAUGUGGACCGACUUGGUGGGCGGAGUCACAUGGCAUCGUGCUGCUGUGACUGUGAGGAUCUGGACGAGGCUUGUGACAGAUGGACAAAGAGAAAACCCCAAAACCCAGACUCUCUGUCUCGAGUGGCAGCCACGGUGACUGAUCGUCUACGAGUACCCUGGAUUUCAGGAGCUAAAAAAGUCGAUCUGUCCCUGAUCCCGCCUCUCAUCCUACUCCCCAUCCUUUUGCACAUCGCUGCUCUGCACUACCUGCUGGGUAUCGUAGUCCUGACAGCGCUACCAGGCAUGGUGCUUUGGUAUUACUAUUUCACUCACCGCAAGAAAGGACGCACGCUGUUCUUCCUCAGCCUGGCACUGUUCUCCCUGUUCUACAUGUACUACCUCUUCCUCACCGAGGUUGUGCCGCGAGGCGACGUCACCAACAUACAGCUGGGGAUUAUCACGCUAGGCGUGUCGCUUACACUCCUAGCCCUCGUGCGUACCAAGAAAGGGCCGGGCUACGUCAAGCCCGGUCCUGCUGACACACACAGCACAGUGACCUAUCACAGCCCUCUCCCAGAUAUAGACUCCUCUUACCACAACGGUUCACGCCAUCAGGUGGUGAUAGCCAAUCGGACGAGUCCUGCUGAGCAGGGCGCUGAGCCCAGAACUGUCGCAGGCGGUGAGUUGGAGAAAGACAUCAGCAGGAGAAACUGGUGUCCGUUUUGCAAGCUGGUGCAACCUCCAAGAGCCGGACACUGCAGAAUCUGUUGCGCUUGUGUCCUACGUUUGGAUCAUCACUGUGUCUGGAUUAACAGCUGUGUGGGGCAGGCUAACCAUCGCAGCUUCCUGCUGACACUCUUCUUCUUCCUGUUGACCUCGCUGUAUGGAAUCAGCCUGGUGCUGCGCAGCGUGUGUCCCACCCAGAGCCUCCUGACCGCCCUGCUCUAUUGUCCUGACGUCUACAGUCAGUCCAGCUCGGCUUUGUGCUACACCUGUGCCUGGUACAGCAGCAUUGUGACUGGCGGCCUGCUCCACCUACUAGUGCUGCAGCUGAUCAACGUCAGCUACAACGUAACCGAGCGAGAGGCUCGGAUCGCUCUGAGAGACAAAACUGGACGCAGUCUCUUCUGGGGCCUCAUCAUCGACACGGGUGUGUACUCCCGUGGCUUUCAUAGCAACUGGACUGAAUUCCUCACUAUGGGUGAGACGGUGGAGCCCAAAGCCUUGAAACCUACAGAUCUGGUUUAGAUGUCUGCUACAUGUAUGAGCCUUAAAGAAGUGUGACUGUUUGGAGGUCACAAAAAGCUAUUAGACCGAAACAUUGCACACGUGCAGACACACCGCAGGCCUGAGUUUAGUUUUAUUUCUCUGUUUUGAACUAAGUACCAGAGAGGAUGUAAUUCUUUUCUUUGUCCACUAGGUGGGAGCAGUAUACUUCACACUUCUGUAUAUUUCAUUAGGCUAUAACCAAAUCCUUAUCAGUGCUCUCAACAGUGAGGAAGUCUGAAAAUUAAACUGUUCGCCAGACCCAACAUCUGUACAUCCUAAGCCAUAUAAAGUAUGCAGUGAAACCAUA